AUGGAGUCUACCGACGCAGAUUUCUUCACCUCUCCAGCCUCCGUCCUUGUCGCCUUGGUGACAAUUAUCUUUCUACUCCACCGAACAUGGCCUCAUUUAUCUCAACCAAAAGCAGAUAAAGUCACUAAGUCUAUUGCAAUCACUUCUCCGGUCAAAUCAGACUUGACCGUUUCGAAAGAGCCCGAAAUUCCAGAAGGAUGGUGGAGCGGUCGGGAAGUCUUCGAGCUCGAACGGCGCGCACUCUUCAGCCAAACAUGGCUCUACCUUGCCCACAGCUCUCAGUUCUCAAAACCUGGCGCGUAUCAAUCUUUUGACGUUGCCGGGUUUCCAGUCUUUCUCAUUCGUGGUAAGGAUGACAAGAUCCGCGCAUUUCAUAAUGUCUGCCGCCAUCGCGCCUAUACUAUCACUAGAAGAGAGACUGGCGCCUCGGCUAUUCUUGGUUGCCGGUACCAUGGCUGGAGCUAUGACACCACUGGUCGGCUAGUGAAGGCUCCUCAGUUUGAUGAUGUUCCCGGGUUUGAUAAGUCGCAGAAUAGUCUAUUUGAGGUUCAUACGCAUACCACUGAUCAGGGAAUGAUUUUUGUGAAUCUCAAUGCUAGUGAGCCGGCUGCAUUUGACAGUGAAGUGGCUUCUAAUUUAAGCGGAUUUGCGCGCAUAACUGGUCUGGAAGCGAACUCCACCUGGGUUGCUGGUCAGACUUUGUCGGGAGAUUUCAAUUGGAAGGUCGGAACACGGGCUCGUCACCUCAAUGCUUAUACCAGCGAGCUAGAUCGCAGAAUUUCUGAAGUAUCGGGGCCCUCACUCGUUAUGAAGGUUGUCAGGUUUAUUACGCAGAAGACAACCCGAGAAGAGUGUAUCUUGUUUCCUAUUACGCUCAUGUAUUCGUUUCAAGAUGCGGAUAUAUACCUCAUCCUUUCCUUCUUUCCCGAGUCUGAGUCCAAGACUCAUAUUCGCUACGACCUUUUCACCCGCUCUGCUGUCAAUGAACUGGAAAUUCGGAAACUGUCUGAAGUACUGCAGAGCAUGACGAAAAAUUUGAGUGAAGAGAUUGAGCUUGAAUAUCAAUAUAUCUCAGCCAAGCAAGAGACUUCCAGUGAGUUAAACACAGACGCUCGUCAAAUUUUGAGUCUCCUCCAGGAGCACACAAAGCUCGAACGGAUGGGAGGGGGUCAGAUCCUUCCUGCCAUGCACAAGCCAGAGGGAAGCACUCUGUUCCAAAAAGCAGAUCAACUGUGUAAAGAGCUAGACUGUGUUAGCGCUGGAUCGCAGAAUGGUACUUCAUCAAGUGCACUUGACUGGUAG